GUAAUUUGUUUGAAUGAUUAAGGCCAAGUGUGGAGUGGAUUAUAAAGUUGAUAGCUCGUGGUUUGUUUUCAGUUGGUUGUUGGGAUGGUUCCAAGUGUGGCUAAUAAAAAUGAAGACAAAGCUGUGGCAUCAGAUACAGGAAGUGAUUCAGAUGACUCCGCUCCAGAUAUUGAAGAUACUAAGGAACCGGGAGAUGCUAAAUCUUCUCAACUAGCCGAUGAAUUGUUAAGUCGUUGCAAACAAUCGCGUAGUGAGAAGAAAGCAAGGAAAGCGAUGUCAAAGUUGGGAUUAAAAUUGGUUCAGGGAGUGUGCCGCGUUACUAUUCGAAAGGCAAAAAGCAUUAUGUUUGUGAUAAGUCGCGCAGAGGUUUAUAAGUCGUCAGCCUCUGACACAUACAUUAUAUUUGGUGAGGCCAAAGUAGAGGACAUCUCUGCCCAAGCCCAAAUUGCAGCGGCGGAAAAGCUGCGCAGUCAGGCUAUGGGAGGAACAGAUCUAGGAACGUCAGGUAGUUUGUCGAAGGACGUAGUGUCGUCAGUUUCUAAGACUGCAAUUGCCGAAGAGUCUGAAGAUGAGGAAGAACCUGAUGCCACUGGUUUGGGUGAAAAGGACAUAGAACUUAUCAUGCAACAAGCGGGAGUAUCAAGGAGCAAGGCUAUUCGAGCAUUACGUGAAAAUAACAAUGAUAUGGUCAAUGCAAUUAUGUCGCUAACUGGUUAAAUACGAACCUUCCUGUGCAUCAUGGACAGUGUCGGAAUAAUUUUGGCAAACCACCCUGCUAAUGCACUACUUAUAUCCAUUUCUAAUCCCUUGACUUUUCAAAAUGUAAGGAUUUUUGUGAAUUGAUUUUUGACUUAUUAUAAGACCUCUCUGCACUGGACCGACUUCUCACUCCAAUUGACUGUCUGCUUAUGGGCUUAUGUCCCUGUAAGGCCGCUAAAUAGUUACAGGUAGACAGAAUUGUAAUAGGGCGCACGUAUUCUUUUUAUAUUCGUCUGUGACCAAGUGAAGGUGCCUCUUCUGGUUUGGUGCAAGCUUUGGUGUGUAUAACCACAAAUUUUAUAAGGAUGUCUAUAGCACUAGUUUCUUUUCUAACGAAAUUUAAUUUCAUCAAUUGUUCAAAAUAGGACUACAAGUUACAGCCAG